AUGGCUCAUACUCAAAAGCUUGUCUGGUUUAUUUCACUUCAACUCCUGCUUGUUCUGUUUGCCUUAGACUCCACUACUAAUGCACUGCAAGUUGGGUUCUACAAGUAUACAUGCCCACAUUUAGAGGAUAUUGUCCAUUACACUACCUAUUACUACGUAUCUCGGACACCAACUCUUGCUGCUCCUCUGUUAAGAAUGCAUUUCCAUGAUUGUUUUGUUAGGGGUUGUGAUGGCUCUGUGCUAUUGAAAUCAACAGCAAAAAAUCAAGCCGAGCGAGACGCAAUCCCAAACCAAAGCUUAAGAGGGUUCCAAGUCAUAGAUGCUGUAAAAUAUGCAGUAGAAAAGGCGUGCCCUGGUGUUGUUUCUUGUGCUGAUAUCUUGGCCCUAGUAGCCCGCGACGCAGUCUUAAUGCUUCAUGGUCCAUAUUGGGAAGUUCCUACCGGACGAAGAGAUGGAAGAGUGUCAAUAGCCUCGGAAGCCUUGACAGGCUUACCACCUCCCUUUGCUAACAUAGCUCAGCUCAAAGGAAUGUUUGCUUCAAAGGGUCUAACUGUUAAAGACCUAGUGGUCCUAUCAGGAGGACACACCAUUGGGACAUCUCACUGCUCAUCAUUCUCCAAUCGUCUAUACAAUUUCACCGGUAAAGGAGACACAGACCCCACACUGGACCGGAAUUACAUCGCUCAGUUGAAGAUCAAAUGUAAGCCGGGGGAUGCAAACACACUUGUUGAAAUGGACCCUGGAAGCUUCAAAACAUUUGAUGAAGAUUACUACACUCUUGUUGCCAAAAGAAGAGGACUUUUCCAAUCUGAUGCAGCUCUUCUAGAUGAUAUCGAGACGAAAACCUACGUGACAACCCAAGCCAUCACUCAUGGAGCCACCUUUGCAAAAGAUUUUGCAGCAUCAAUGGUGAAAAUGGGUAACAUUGGUGUCCUCACAGGCAAAAAUGGUGAAAUAAGGAAGCAAUGUGCUUUUGUCAACUGA